CAGAAAAGUUGACACAGACUGACCUAACGAGCGGGUGUGCGCGUGCGGCCAAGGCUUGUCUGAGUCAGAGCGGAGUUUUAUUUCCUGUGAAGCUCACCUGUGUGUCUCUGAUGGAAACCAGGCAGCAAGAGAUGUACUCUAGUGUUCUGAGUGGAUCAGUGGUGGACUGGGGCAGCAUGGGCCCCGGAGAGGAAUGGGUCGAUUCAGCCACACACGAGGGAGAGCAGGGUUUGAAUCAGGGUAAGUUUUACCCCACUGUUGAAGAGUCCCUUAGGAGGAGCUCAUAUGGGGAAGACUUGGCCCCCGUGGUCCAAAAUGGGGAGAACCUGACAGAAUGGGGUAAAACUUCACCAUCAGGGGACAAUCGGUGGGGUCACACAUCAGUGUCUGACACCUGGGUCACGUCCACCACUUGGGAUAUGGAGCUGGACAGCACAGAGAGAGGACACCUCACCGCAGGUUUUCUAGACUCUGAGCCGCUGAGAGAGGCUGAUGAAGAUUUGGCAUCAGAGGUCAACCUGAAUGUCUCCAUGACAGAGGAAGAGAGGGAGGAGAUUCUGCAAGAAUUAGCUAAACUGGAAGAGGAGAUCGGUACACUGAGGCAGGUUUUGUCAUCCAAAGAGAAGCAGCAUGCAGAGCUCAAACAGAAACUGGGUCUCACUCCUCUGAAUGAGCUCAAAAACAACUUCAGCAGAGGCUGGCACGAUAUGCAGAGCACAGUGGCCUACAAGAAGACAUCAGAGACGCUUUCCACAGCAGGACAGAGAACCUCAGCAGCUUUCAGCACCCUCGGCAGCGCCAUCACCAGGAAGUUUGGAGAUAUGAGGUCCAACUCCAUUGGUUACUCUAUCAAACACUCUAUGAGCAUGCCUACCAUGAGAAACUCUCCCAGCUUCAGGUCUUUUGAAGAGAAAGUUGAGACCACAGUUUCCAAUAUCAAGACAAAGGUUGGUGGGACAGGGAGCGGAGGCAGCUUUGAGGAUGUCCUGUCAUCAGCAGCACAUGCCAGCUCACAGGACACGCCCACCAACAACUUGAUGGACAGCUCUGGGAGGCAGUGUUAAGGCUGCACCCUCACCUUGAGGCAGGGCUUAAACAGGAACUCGGCUGCUGACGUGUCACAGCACUUUGACUCAGAGCUCUGACUGAAACCGUGCAGAAUACUUCUUUUGAUCCUUAGUGUCAAGAUGCUUUUGCAGACCAUGGAUUGUCUUACAGUCUAAAUAAUUACAGUACAUUCACCCAAAAUGACCCCUUAGGCAGCAGUUGCCUGGUUUUAUUUUAAAAGCUCCACUCUGCACCUCAUUUGAUGAUAAAAGAGGACUAAUGAAAGCAAAGAGCCUCUGAGCUUUUCCUUCUAUUUAUGGUGUUAAAGGGUUUUUAGUGGAUUUGAUGAAUGCCAUCUGUCCUCCAGAGGUUUCCUAACCACAGAUGUCGAUCAGAUGAGGUUGGGGAGGAGCAGCCAGCAGUUAGGCCUUAAAUGACCUGAAACAUGACACAAAAGGAGUCUGAACACAUUAAACAUCAGCUCCAGGAGACAGACUGAAUCUCAACCCUGCAUUUCUCAUCUGUACUUCUUUUUUGUCAUGCUUGUGCUCAUGUGGUUCACUCAGCUGUCACAUCACAGCUGGGUUUUAGACACAACAAGAAGCAAUUAAUAAUUAAUUCCUCCUGAUAUGCGCAUUUGAGAUGAGUGGAGAAAGACUCAGAUGUUCAGCACAGCAUCAGUGUGAGAGUUUAACGGUUAUCUUAUAUCAGGACAGUGGAAAACUACAGUUUCACAUCUUUAUUAGAAAUGUUAGUGAUUUAAAAAAAAAAAAAAAAGUUUAUCACUUAAUGCUGUAAAAAGGAAAAGUCACUGAUCAUCCUGGGUGGCAUUUGUAUAAGUUAUUUUGCACUGGUACACAAGAUCUUGUUAUGGCAUUUAAAAAGAUCUGUUACUAAUACGUUUAUGAUAUAAACAGCGCACUAAUACACACACGUCCCACUGUUUGAAUAUCUAAAUGCAAACUGAGAGGAACUACAGGAAGCAAUACUGUCUGUAUAUGUGAAAAAGCAUCAUUAUGAUACUGCAUCAUCUAGAGUACAAUUCCUGGGUUAGGGUUAGGUUAUGUGAUGUGACACAUUGAUCCAGUGCAUGCUGCUGUUCAUGUGCUGAAACUACAUGAGGAUUUGAUUGCAGCUGUACGACUAACCUUUAAAUGCUAAAGAAAAAAAAAUUUCUGCUUGGAUUCAGUUUCACUAAAACGUUCAAGGUGUCGGUGCCGUAAACGAUUAAAAUGAUCCAUUUAUCUUUGCAGCUUUUGAAAUCUGGUCUGUGGGGCGAACUCAUGACUUUUUCUUUUGUAUUAUUUUCAGUAAAUAAUCAUGUGUUUCAUAGUUCUUGUGCUGUCUUUCAUGUGUUAAAGAUUUGUUUUUUUUUCUCUGCUUUGAGGGUCUGCCAGGUUUAAAUCCAUAUCAGCAAAAAAAAUCAGGCCCACUAAAAAUAACUCAGCAGAACAUUUUAUGUUAUGUCUUUACAGCAUAAACACGAAAAGCCGUAACUGUGAUCAUUACGUACAAUAACGCUGUAUGUGACUGUAUGAUAUAUAUGUUUUUAAGACUUUAGUAUCUAUAAUAAAGAUUUUUUUGACCCAAA